AGCUUGACAGGGAUGUUUUUGCAAUGGGGGGCGGGGAGUUUCCAAAAAGCUACAUGGAGCAACAGCUUUAAAACAACUAGUGCUUUUGCAGAGGUCUCAGACGUUUGGGCAGCCAGUGUAAGCUGUGGAUGUUGUUUGUGUGUAGUGGACGAGGCAGACAGACAUGAUGAAGGUGAGGUUGCUAUUGCUUGUGCAGGGCCUGCUGCUGGCAGCAUGCUGUGAUGGCAGGGCUAGGAACCCUGUACUGGAGGAGGAACUGAAGGACACGCAGGACUAUGGGGGCUGGGAUGAUGGCGAUAGAACCUCACAUGAAGCUAGACAUGGAACUGACCCACACGGGCAAAGCUUAGAUGUCUCUGGAACUGUCUACUAUCCCUCUGAGUAUGCCAAUGCUGGCACUAGCCAUGGGCAUGCCUCUUUGGGCAUGUCUGAGGGGACAGCAGAUGCUUCUGCAGAAAUGGGCACCCAUGGCACUCCAGCACGCACUGGGAAUUGGUGUGCGUUUGUGCACAAGCGUGUAGUCACUACAGCAGUUUCUUGUGGCACUGAGAAAUACACCAUCAAAUCCCAGAGCCCCUGUCCUAAUGGAACGCCAGAUUGCCAGUUAGUAAUGUACAAGCUCUCCACUCGGCCGGUGUACAGAGAGAAGCAGAAGAUCUUUACUGCGCUCCUGUGGAGAUGCUGCCCAGGUCAUGGGGGGGAGAACUGUGAUGAAACAGUUGCAGGCGGCCAUGUCUCUGAGCCCGAAGACUCUAGCACAUCCGGAAGGCUUCAUCCUGGAGGUCCGGAGAUCCAGCAUGCAGGUGCAGGUUCUGAGAGGGUGAUCCACAAUCAGAAUGAGGAACAGAAUGACCAUGAUGAUCCCAGCAGAUCUCUAUACCUGAGCUCUAGAGAGAAUCAAACAGAAGAGCACAGCUACGACCAUCCUCACAGCCAACAUGACGGCCGCGAGUACCACUAUGAGAGAGUCGACUCCUACGGCGCAGAUGAUGAACGUACAGAGCCUCCUCCAGAAGCUCCGCACUCAAACCCUGGUCUCAUACCCAUCCACAACUUAAAGGAGAUCAUAAUGUCUCAUCUUCAGCCUGUGCUCGACGGCUUCAACCUCACGCUGGAGAGUCUGUCUCAGGAGGUGAGAGGUCUGCAGAGGGACAUGGCAUAUCUGCAACUCCAACAUGAGCUGGAGAGGGAAUCUGAGGUGGAGGGAGGUGGAGGAGGGGAGGAGUUGCAGCAGCAUGAAGACAAGCUAACAGACACCUUCCAGCACCUGGAGGAGCUCAGGAUGCAGCUUAGCCUGCAGCGAGAUGAGAUGGAGGAGAGGCUACAUGGACAGCAGACCAUGCUGCUCUACAACCUGACCAACCUCAAGACCGACAUGGAUGUCAAAAUUAAACGCAACCAAAAGAUACUGCAGACAAACCUCCAGUCCCUGAAUUCCUCACUAUCAGAGUUGAGGCAGGAGCAAGAGCGGCUGGAAGAGGAGCUUCAGAUUGUUCAGACAUCAGAAAGAACAAUUCCCAGCCAGGCACCCCCUCAGGAAGACACGGCUGUCUGGGAGGCCAUUACCCGCCUGGAUAAUAAAGUUGUCAACAACACCGUGGAACUCAGUGUCUUAAAUGAAGAUCAGGUCAAAAUGUCUCAGAACAUCAAACACCUUCAGAAGGUCUCAAAGAACCUAGGGGAUCUUAUAUUCCAAACUGACCGAAAGAACGAGGACAGAUAUAUUGAGGCUUUCCUGGAAGUGGAUGGACUCAAAACGGAAGUUCAGAACAUUGUUGAUGACAAGGUCAGCAAUAUCACUACCGUCCUUCAGGAGAUGGAGGAAGACAUUAACUAUUUAUUUAAGCAGUUCUACAAGAACAUAAGCUCUGACAGUAGAAACUGUGACUGUACGGCCCUCAGCACCUCUGUGGCUCAGUUGAAACAGGAUGUGGCGGAUGUCAUUGUGGUGGCUAACGAAAACAGGUUAGCCCUCGACAGUGCAGCAGAAGAGAGAAUAGAUAGUUGGAGAGAUGGUGACUGGCGCCCAUCGGUGGAUGAUCUAAAGUUAGGUUUACAGAACGUGCAGAGCUCACUGGCGUUUGAGCAAGAGAAGAGCAGGACACUGAAACAAAAAGUAACUAUGCUCCAUGCCUCUCUCUCAGGCAGUCAACAGGACAUUGAAGCUCUGCAGAGCCAAAACAGAACCAUGGUUAUUGAAAUAAAUCGCCUGGCCAGCUCCUUCAACUCUCUGCUGAAUGAUGCCGUAAGUCACACGAAAGUACUGGAGAUCCUGCUUGGUGAGGAGGUGUUGGAGUUUAUGGACUGGCCUGUCCAAGACAAAGAGGCCCAUUCCAUACCUGCGCUGAAGGACAGUAUCAGGGACAUGCAAGAACAGAUUAACAGACACAGCAAAAGCCUGGCCUCCAUGCUGAACUCUGCUUCAUCUAGGGAUACUGUGGCAGAUGAACCAUCUGUGCCUUCAGAGUGGACCUCAAUGGAUCUUAAAAGGAUACGAAGACACCAGAGAUUUGACCGUUUGCCAGAGAAACUCCCAGACUACUCGGACGCUGACUUCCUUGCUUUGGAAAAAACAGUGGAACAGCUUCGAGAAAAAAUUCUCAAGCUUGAAGAGCAGCGCUGCCCGUCCUGCUGCAAUUGUACGAAAGGGGCUGCCCCUGGAGACAUGCAGGUUAAACUUCAAGCGGAGUUGACUAAAAUGCACAAGGAUCUCAAGGAGCAUCUCAGGAUUUUUAGCAGCAUUUUCACUAAUACAGAUGGUCUAGCUGGUUCUGAAGCAACAGUAGACUUGGACAAACUGUCUGCUCUGAUGAAGAGAAAAGACACAAAACAGCAAAGGAAAAGGCAAAAGAAGAGAGCAGAUGGAGGAGUGGAACAAUCUGGGGAACACAAACUUCGUAGCAAGAGGGAUGCGUCACUUGAAACAGCAGUGCUCAGCCAGCUUCCUGACAGCCCACUCAUGUUCCUGGCCAGCAGGAGAGAUGGCGUCAACAUAUCUGGAACGGUCGUGUUUGAGACAGUGUCUCUAAAUCGAGGGCAAAUGUACUCACCCAAGACAGGAGCAUUCCGGGCACCUACUGCAGGAGUUUACCUGUUUGUGUUGACGCUGGACUUCGGGCCUGGGCCCUCCUUGGCGCAGCUGAAGAGAGGGGAGGAGGUGGCAGCUUCCCUACAUCAGAGCCAGAAGAAGCCAGCAGGACCUGCUACUCGUGUUUGCCUUCUACAACUGGAACAGGGUGAGGAGCUCCAGUUGGAAAUAGUGCAGGGUACCCUGGAGCCCAGCAAUCCACAGGACAAUACUUUUGCAGGACUGCUGAUUCUACAGACCACCUGAGGGCCCUUUUUUUUUUUGACCUGAAAGCAUAAGCAGAGACACACUGGGAUGAAAAGAGAUGAAUGACAGACCGCAGUUCCUAUUUCAGGUUCAUGCCUAUACAGCUUUCUUUCUGUUUGCUCAAUUAGUCUCCAGAAGUUUAUUAUAAAAGUUGGCAUCUUUAUAUAUGGCAGCAUUUCAUUUUAAAUGAUUAACACACAUUCUUGUCCAUGUGUAAUGAAAGUCUGGCUAUCUUUCCUUUCCUUCCAGACAAGUACUAUGUAGAUAUGGUAUAUAUUAGAAUUGUUGCCUCUGCACCUUCAAUAACAAAGAAUAUAGAAUUGUAGUCUUGUGUUGCAAUUUAUAAUAAGAUAAUCGGGCAGUUAGUAUGAGGCCUGGCCAAUAUACAAUAAUAACAAUAUUUUCUAGUUCUAGAGAAAAAAUGGGAUUAUCAAUUAUUCAAGCAGUAUUAUAUUUUCAUAAUUUACUCAUUUGAACCACUGGGACACUUCAGCUGUACAGAAAAUGUUUUUUCUCAAACUGUAAAUCUCACUCUGGGAAACCGAUCCACCGAAGCCUAACAGCUUUUUAAGGCCCCAUAUUAACACAAUAUUUUAACAGUAAAAGUGCAUAGGAUGUUAAGUGUAUUUAUAUUUUUCUGAUCCUGUUUUUUGGCUGUAGACAGGGAUCAGAAACACUCUGUACAUCUAAAAGUUUCAGGGUAAGAGCUCACUUGGCUUCUGUAUGGUUAAAACCGGUCAUUCAACUUGGCUGUUUCGGUCACAGUGAAGCUGAAGUUCCAAAGCACGUCUGCAUUUAUGUUCAGGGGAGAGAAAUAACAGGCAGCUUCUAAUAAACGUCUCUCAAUCUCUCUCUCACUAACAGAAACUGACUUGUUGCGCACACUUCUUAAAGGAACGUGAACCUCAACUUCCCAACAUAUUUAGCAAGCUGUGUAACAGUAAACAAGUCCUCUCUAGUUCUCUGUGUUUUCCCAAACACAGUGAUUAUUGCCUUUUAAACAUCGGCAGCGGGUUACUUGUCAAUCAUCAGUUAUAUCGCCCAGGCCUAGUUAGGACACAGUAAUAUCAGUAAUGUCUGCUGUUUACACAUUUGUCAAAGUUCAUAUGAAAUGACCCACAAACACUCAACAGACUUGUGUAGUAAAAUGGAGUAUUUACUGAAUACAUUGGGCAAAUAUUAUACAUCUGAUAUUUGUAUUCUCUUGGCAAACUCAUAAGGCACCCAUUCAGCCAGGAGCUAGAUAAAAUGUGUGAUAAUUACAUACUGGGGAGUCUUUUAGUAGCUAUGCAUUAGAUAACACAGGGAGGGGCUGGGUAAUGCUUUGGCAAAGCACUUUUAAAUAUCUGCAUUUCACAGAUGCUACAUUUCAAUUGUUAAGGCUCCAAAGAUACACAAUUUCAUAACGAAGAAGCCAAAUGGGGAAAAAAAAACAUACAAAGAAAAACAAGCAAACAAGAAGAAAGUGUCAGACAAAUGUCUUAACUUAGCCCAUAGUUUAGAGGCCAGCCUUGUACUGAGGGCUUACUUUUUAGUUAGCAUCUUAAAGUAAGAUGAAGGCCAAUGUGUCAAACUCAGUUAGGAACCCAAUUUAGACGGUUAGCUUAGAUAAAUGAAAUCUGAGAAAUGAAACAUAGGUGCUUGUACAGAAAAUACAGCUGGUUGCUCUUUCAGACCACAGAUUACUUAUACAGCAACUGUUUGACAGAACUUUAGGACAAAUUGACUUGUAUAUCAUGUGCUCUUUACAUACAUAUUACCGUUAAAAGUUUUGAAUCAUUUGCCAUAAGAACAGUUAGUUUAAUAACUUGUACAAUGUGGAUUUAAAAAUUAUGAUUUGCCAAAAGGAUUUUUAGAUGUUUGAUUCAAUAAUUUCAAAAUUCUGCUUAUUUACAAGUUAUUAACUAUAAAUAAUGUAAAUAUACUGUAAAAUCUUUUUACAUUAAUUUUUUCUCAAGUUAUCUGCCAAGUUAUACCACUUUCUGUUCAUCAUUCUGGACACAUCUAACAUUUCUAGCAUAGUAGAAUCAUUUUCUACACUCAUCUCCAACCAAACUGGUUUUAUAUUACUGAAAACACUGAUUCCAAACUUUUGAACAGUAGUGGGCAAACAUAUACAGUACUGUGCAAAUGUCUUAGGCAGCCAAGAAAAAUAUUUUAAAUGGGUAGUAAGCAUUCAUUUGCUCAAAAAAACCCAGAAAAAAAUAGUAAUAUUUGAAUAAAUAUAAACAAUAAUAAUACAAUAAGUAGUGAUUUUAUGUAUCAGAAUGUUAGCUUAACCAUUUCUGAACCUCUCCUCAUGGAAGCCCAGAAUUUGAAGAGUUUAUUCCAGAAUGCCAUAUAUUAAUUUGUAACAAUUUUGGAUAUAUCAAGUUUUUGAAAAGAAUAGCUGACGUAUAAAGGUAUGAAACACACAAAUAUAUAUUUUUAUUUCUGUAACAAACGUGGUAUUAAUCAUCUAGCAUUGUAUGUGUAAAGCCCACUAUCAACAAUGUACAUCAUAAAAAAUGGUCUAUAAUGCUUUUUGGAAUGUUAUCACCUACUUGUUUGAAACUGUUGUUACUUGCAUUUAUUUGUAUUCAUUCUAUUGUUAUAUAGCAUUUUUGCUGGCAAAAAAAAAAAACACCCAAGAGUUUUGCACGCUACUGUACACACAUCUUAGUAUAUAGAUAUUUUCUAAUGUUAUAUAUAUUUAUAUUUUUAGAGCCAAUUUAUGGAUUUAUUUUUCUGAAGAGCAUUUUUUGACAACCUUAUCAUUUAUUUUUCUGUGUUUUUCCUCUCUUCGUAAUAUCUUGAAAAGUUGGCAUCAUUUGACAAAGCAGCAUAAUUAGUCUGGCACUAAACUGAAGACAUACUUUUCAAUACACUUUCUGUGUGCAGAGAUUCAUAAAGUGAUUAAAUAGAAAAGAUGUUAUGUAUUGGGAGGAAUGGGUAGCGGUUUCCUGUGGCACUAAAUAAUAAACGGACUGGACUUUUCCUGA